AUGGAAAUGAUUGCUGAGUGUUGGGGCGUCUUUUGUUACACCUAUGCUGGCGUAGGCGCAACUGCUGCACUGGUCAUUACUACUUCCGCGCAAGAGGAGAAUCUUGGUGGUCUACUAAAUGUAGCCGUCGCAUACGGAUUCGGUAUUGCGUUUGCUAUUAUUACUGCUGCAUCGACCUCCGGCGGACAUUUCAACCCGUGUGUCACCAUCGCGUUCUGUUUGUUCCGCGGGUUUCCACUUCGCAAGGUUCCUCGCGACUUACGCGCGCAUGACCGCCCUAGUUACAUCUUUGCUCAAUGCUUGGGCGCUUUUAUUGCAGGCAUAUGUGUGUGGGGCCAAUAUCAUCGCGAAUUAGGGCUCAUCACCAACGCACUGAAGGCAGCUGGCAAGGAGGCCCAAAUAUUCUCUAGUUCCGGUCCUGCUGGUGUGGUCGCUAUUUUCCCGGCUGCCGGAGCUUCGAUGGGCCGUGUGUUUUUGAACGAAUUUAUUGUUGAUUUUUUCCUUGGGUGUGUUCCUUCGAUUGUUAUCUGGGCUUGCCUUGACCCGGCCAACCCGUUCGUAUCCGCUUCAUCCGUUCCUUUUGCCAUUGGCAUGGCCUACACUGCAAUGAUUAUUGGAUUCGUCCCUGGAACCAUCGCAACCAAUGCCGCACGCGACUUUGGAGCCCGCUGCGCAGCUGCUGCCAUCUGGGGAAGGGACGCAUUCCCAUCUCCCUAUUCAGCCAUUUCAGCUCUGACAAACAUUCCGGCGAUGCUCUGCUCCGUGAUGUUCUAUGAGUUCUUUUUGUCCGACUCUAGCCGCGUUGUUGUCAGCCACGCGGAGACACUUCAUCAGAAUGCUCAAGCUCAUGCUCAUCACCGUCGCCUGACCAAUGAGAUGAUAGGGGAAUCUCCAAUGGCGAUCAAGCGGGAGCUUGGACGUGCCAUGACAGGACAUCAGAUGACUGACUCGAGCAGCGGCGGAUCCAAGGUCGAGGUUGAUCACAGGGAAAAGGUCCAGGACCAAUGGUGUGUGCCUGGCCAUCUUCCACUAUUCUACCACGACCGUGCUGCUGGUCUUGUUCGCCUUUUAAUAUCAAGGCAACAUCCUGGAGCGAAUACUUCCUCCAUCAUGUCUUCUGUAGAGACAAUCAUUACUACUCCAACCACCACCCGUGGAUUGGCCGGUAUCCCUCAAUCCACCGAUGUAGCGGUCUUCCUACCACGAUUGCGCCCACCAGCAAUGUACCUAGUCCUUCAAACGGGUGGAAUAACGGGAACGGAGGAGGAGGAGGAGGUGGUGGUGGCGGUGGAGGGUAAGAUCAUCUUUAAUGCCUUGGUCAUUCAGUUCUUACAGAGUCGAUCUUUCAUUCUGCGACGACGUUUCCAUCGCCGAGUGGAGGAGGCCAUUGCUGCGGGUGUGCUAUUGCCCGGCCAAGGAAAUGUUGGCAUGGGUCCCGGUGGGACUAUUGGUGCAUUCCGGCGACCCAUUGGGGAAAAGCCAAAGAUGUGGGAGGUGUGGAUCGACCCAUCGAUCGGCAGUAACAAAGACCCAUUAGCAUCGGGCGAGUGGUCGAAGAUUCAACCCGUCGCGGCGACUCAGGUAUCUAAGAUUUCCCAAAGGGCGGCAGCUGCGCCACCCAAGAUCGAACCUAUACAGCAGGAAGCGGCAGUCCAAACAUCAUUGGUUGAACGACUGGGUCUUGAUUCUGUCUUCCGUCGCAAUCAGCGCCAGACAAGAGCUGCUCCAAGCAUCAACCCAACACCAGCCUCUCCAGAUGUUCCUUUGCCUACACUCGGAUAUAAUGCUUAUGCACCUAAUGAAGGAACCCGGGGCCAUAUAGAUGGAGAUUCUUCUAAUGGGAAUAGUUCUGUUCAAAUUGCUGUGUUCAUAGCGAUGCCUGACCCGUCUCGACCGAGAUAUAUUCCAGGUACUUCAACUUCUCCCAUAGACGAAAAUGGCGUAAAGGGUAAACAACGAAGUCUUGAGUUACCAUCCACCUCAACUGACGAGCACGAGAUCCCUGAGAUUUGUCUUGGAAUGUCCCAAGCCCAGGUUGCACGCGAUACGAAUAACACAUCGAAUCAAGGCCAGGCUCCCGUUACACCAAAGUCUUGA